AUCAAGUUUUUUGUUUUGUUUGUUUUUCUUUUUUCAAACCACAGUUAAACUAGGUUUAGGCUCAUUUUCACUUCUCUUCCGGUAAUUUUUCUUCUUCUACUGUUUAAUGGGUGACGACACUACCUCAACUUCCUCUAAUUAGUUCGAACCAAAGUGUUUUGAUACUUGACCCGCAUCAUGGUUCAGUUUGAUCCGGACCGAAACAUUCUCUUUUUGGUUUCACCAAAUUUUGGUCCUCUGGCACCGGUGACACCAUUGAGUUCGGGCGAAACUGGUCUGUACCGAACGAGCAGAAACACUACGGCUAAAUUUCUAAUGGAGUUCGGUUUGGGGAAUGGAGCUGAACCGACGUCUUGAGAUAUUUAGCUUUCAUUCUCCUGGACCAUAACCGGUCGAUGUUCAUCUUGACCGGAUAAGAGGUCGAUACGUCCCGACUGCUGCCCGGUGUCCUGUCCUGAAAAUGUCCCUGAAAACAAAAGCUGUUCACGGCGGCGGGCUGGAGGGGAACCGCGCCAAGCUGAAAACGUGUCGGUGAGUCGAGCCGUGGUGACUGUGCAUACUGUAUGGGAGCUUAAAUGAAAGAGGAUGCAUGGAGAUCUCAGACAGCUGGCAGGAACAUCCAUCCUCUUCUUGCACGAGCCGUCCUGUCUGCAGUCAGGGCCUUUCCUCUUGAUCCAGCGGCACCAUGGGAAGCUCCACCUCCUCCCUCGUUGAUGAGGCCGAGGGUGAAGCUGCACCCCGGGGUGCAGCUCUGCCUCCCUCCCCCAUCAUGGGGUGUCUGAGGAGCAGCCAAAGCACCUUCAUCCCUCGGCAGCUUCCCCGACCCGGCAGGCACAGGGAGCGCAGUUUCUCUUCUGGUUCGAUGCCCAUGCAGAGGACCCAGUGGGCCUGUGGCUGCUGUACUUUCCUGAAUGCAGCUGGCGCCCCUCGCUGCUCCAUCUGUGAAGCCCCGCGGCGAAGACCCGACACCCGGUGGAUGUGGACCAGCAGAGAGGACGGCCGCUGGUCUUGCCCACGUUGUACGCUGGCCAACUCCCCCGACACGCUGGCCUGCUCCCUCUGCGGCUACACCGCCGGAGCGCUGGACCAACGGCCCCAGGACUCGUCCGAGGACCAGCCUCGGCCUCAGCGCUCCGCGAGCUGCUCCGGGCCCCUGAGGCCGUCGUCGGCUGGAAGCAGGAAACAGCCAGAAGACGCAGAUAAACUCAGCCUGGCCUGGGACUGUCUGAGGUGCACUCUGCAGAACACCCCUACCUCCAUGUCCUGCUCUGCUUGUGGGGGGCCACGCAAACUGUCCCUCCCCCAAAUCCCUGCUGAGGCCCUGCUCAUGCCCGAGGCCUGCAAUCAAACAGGAACACAACAACCAGAGCCUGCAGCUGGGGCACUGUCACUCUCCAUAUCCACCAGAGGAGAGUGUUUACCGGUGGAGGCUUCGUAUCCAAACACACACUCCUCGGUGCUCAGCGUGUCGUCUUCAGGUCAUAAUAAUCCAGUUCCCUGCAGCCGCAGAGAGGUCCCGCCUCCAGAUGUUUGCAUCCAAGCACAAAACCUCAGCCCGUCUCCUUCAACUCUCGCUGUUUCACAUCUGUCCACUCAGCCGGAGCUGCUGCCCGGCAGGCGCCUCAGCAUCCUCAAAGAGGAAAUGUCGCCUCUGUCGCCUGCGUCGGACGCCUCGGUGUCGUUUCCCCCCUGCGUGGUGUCUGUUACUAGGACAGAGGAGUGGGCGUGUCUGGCGUGCACUCUCAUUAACGUGGUUAAAGCGAAACACUGCCUGGCCUGCCACACUCCUCAGCACCACGCCGCUCAGCUCAAACCAGCGCCGUCCCUGAGGAGGAAGGAGAGCAUGCUGGUGGAGGCGCUGCGACAGAGCGACGAGGGCGAGGCCAAGGAGCUGUGGGAGAACAUCGUCAGGUUCUGCAGAGAGAACGCUGUGACGUUCGUGGACGAUAGUUUCCCUCCCAGUCCGAAGUCUGUCGGCUUCCCGCUGGACGACGGCGUCCAGCAUCGGGUCAAGAAGUGGCUCCGUCCGCAGGAAAUCAACUGCUGCAGCUUCAGAGACCGGACGGUGAAGUGGUCUGUUUUCCGCACGCUGCGUCCAUCCGACAUCCUGCAGGGACUUCUGGGUAACUGCUGGUUCCUGAGUGCCUUGGCUGUCCUGGCUGAACGUCCCGAGCUGGUGGAGAAGGUGAUGGUGACCCGCUCGCUGUGCGCUGAAGGAGCCUAUCAGGUGCGUCUCUGCAAGGACGGCUCGUGGACCACGGUGUUGGUGGACGACAUGCUGCCGUGUGACGAGGGCGGACACCUCCUCUUCUCUCAGGCCCAGAGGAAACAGCUGUGGGUGGCUCUGAUAGAAAAAGCUCUGGCCAAACUCCACGGCUCCUACUUCGCUCUGCAGGCGGGUCGCGCCAUCGAGGGCCUGUCCACGCUGACCGGGGCCCCCUGCGAGUCUCUGGCCCUCCAGGUCAGCGCCACCAACCCGAAGGAGGAACCCAUCGACACAGACCUCAUCUGGGCCAAGAUGCUGAGCUCCAAAGAAGCCGGUUUCCUGAUGGGGGCGUCCUGCGGAGGAGGGAACAUGAAGGUGGACGACACGGAGUACGAGUCUCUGGGUUUACGUCCACGACACGCCUACUCUGUCCUCGACGUGCGGGACGUAGACGCUCACAGAUUACUGCAGCUGAGGAACCCGUGGGGUCGGUUCUCCUGGACCGGACCGUGGGCCGACGACUGGCCGAACUGGCCUCCACACCUGAAGAGGGAGCUCUGCGCUCAGCGAGCUGAGGACGGCCUGUUCUGGAUGGACUUCUGGGAUUUCAUCAGGUACUUUGACUCAGUGGAUAUCUGUAAGAUUCAUUCAGACUGGCAGGAGCUUCGGGUCCCGGGUGUUUUCCCCCGAGGAGCCGACGUUCCGGUGACGGUGGUGUCCAUCACAGUGCUGGAGAGAACGUCCGUGGAGCUGGCUUUGUUCCAGCAGGGCAGCAGGCGUUGGGACACAGCUGAGAGCCACCUGCUGGACCUGUGCGUGCUGGUGUUUCGGGUCGCCUAUGACAGCUCUGGGACUCUGGCGCUGGGUCGUCUGCUGGCUCACAGCCGCCGCUCGGUGAGGAGGUUUGUGGGCUGCGACGUCAUGCUGGAGCCGGGCGAGUACGCCGUGCUCUGCUGCGCCUUUAACCACUGGCACAGCUCCAUCACAGAGGGGACAGGUGAGGACUGUGGCCUCCAACAUCGUUCACUGAAGCCAGCAGGCCUCAGAGCUGUUAACAGCCCCCGUGGUGUGUUUUCAGUGAGCUGUGGGAGGUCGGAGGCGCCGGGUUACAUGCUGGCCAUCUACAGCUCCAGACUGGUGAUGGUGGAGCAGGUAACAGCCUCCAACACCACCAUCGCCGACGCCAUCAUCCAGCUCACUGAGACCAAAGGAGAGAGACACGAGGGUCGGGAGGGGAUGACCUGCUACUACCUGACCCACGGCUGGGCGGGGCUCAUCGUCAUGGUGGAGAACAGACACCCCAGGCACCACCUGCACGUGUCCUGCGACUGCAGCGACAGCUUCAACGUGGUGUCGACGCGCAGCAGCCUCAAGACCAUCGACAGCAUCCCCCCUCUGCACAGACAGGUGCUGGUGGUUUUGUCUCAGCUGGAGGGAAACGCUGGAUUCUCCAUCACACACAGACUGGCUCAUCGUAAGGCCGUCCAGGCCUCGCUGGGGAACUGGAGUCCCUCGAAGGCGACGCACAGUCCCGCCCUGAGUCCAGAGACCGCGGGUCUGCACCAGCCCCGACCCCUCUGACCACCGCCCGGUCAGAGGAACCAGACCUGGGAUCAGGAGGUCUCAACAUGGAGGCAGCUUCUGUCACAUGUAGUGAGCACACAGACUUAGGUCACAUGUUUUAAACAGAGAGCUGCUCUGAGACAGAAACCGUUUCACUGGUUGAGUUAAACCUCAGUGGGCAGCAGGGUAAAGACACCGAGCCUGAAUAUAAACGUCAGGACCAACGGUGACGUGACGUCUGGGACGACCUGCGACACGCUGAUAAAAAUCAUAUCAUCACAUCAGGAAUUUCUUGAUCCUCCUCCCUGACGCCGCACGAGGACACAGCAGAGACCUGGAAACAGUAUUUUUGUCGGUCGUGGCGUCAGAUUUAAACACCUGAAGCACCGGGUCGACCCAGGUGACAGUUAGUGUUUGUAGUUUGGGUGAACUGAGCCUUUAAUUCAACAGGUGGGAUUAUUGAUUAUUGAUUUCUGUCCUCAGAGCAGCUCUGACGUCUGAUCCACCAACAGAAGCUGCUCCUCCUCACACAGACCAACAUGUACAACACAUGAUGCACUUUACAUGUCAGAGCACAGGACGGUCCUCAGGUCCAGGUCCAGGUCCAGGUCCAGGUCCAGACUGUCUGACUUGCACUGGUGAUGCUGAGUAGAAGUUAGAAUCUUAGUCGUGUGUGAACUUGCUGCCGAGCUGUAACAGGAAGCAGGUGUCCGUCAGUCGUACUGCAGAUUUAUACGUCGUUUAAAUGAAGUGUUUUAGUUUAGAGAAGCGGCAGACACUCGCUGUGUGGUUGCAUUAGCACUUUAUGAACUUUAAACUAUGCUGGAUUCUCGUGGUGUUUUAUUUCAGAGGACACGUUUUAAACUUGCACAAUGAAGACAAAUAUUUUAUGCUCAUGAAUCCAGAACUACCGUCAUGUUGUUAGAGAAGAUAAUAAACUAUGCAAAUGUUUGAAAGCUGUUAUGAUGCUUCAUCAAUUCAAAUAUGUAUAGCUCUUUAUCUUAUCUGUUAUAUUUACAGGGUUCAGAUGGAGUGAGAUGAAUGUUGUUGUGAUUAAUGUGUAUUUACAUUUUUUACAUUCAGGUUUGACCUUCACUGUAUUCUCUGUGUUUAUCCAGUUAAAUGAACUAUAAUAAUGAGAUUAAUAAUCAGUAUUAAAGCAAAUAAUAAAACUGUUUUUCCUCAAGAAAACUUUUCUUCCAUAAUAAACCAGUUUUUCAAAAUAAAACCCGUUUUUCAAGAUAAAACUUU